GCGCAGAGAGAGAGCCAAAAGCUCCCCGAGUUAGUACUUUUCCGGCCGCGGUAAAGGACGGCUGCGCUUGCGCGAAAGGACGGAGGAGGCUGACGGAAAGCCGGGGAGGGGCGCAUCUGAGGACGGUGGCAGCAAUAGAGAAGCGAGCCGGGUCUGGCCCUGGUGUUGGCCUUCGGGAUCUCGCGAGAGUGCCUCAUCCCCGCGACGGGUCUAGAGGUGACCGGCUCCGUGAGAAGAGACCUCAGCGGUGGCGCGAGCAACCAUGGAGCCGCCGCCUCCUGCCCGGGCGGAGGUGAAGGGCAGCGGAGCUGAAGGGAAUCCCGACGCCUCCCCGUGUCCGCCUACGGCUGAGGGGCUGGCGCGAGUCUGCGACCUCCUCCUCAAGAACGAGUCGCCUCAACAACAGCAGCAGCAGCAGCCGCCGCCGUUGUCGUCGUCACCACCACCGCCGCCACCUCCUCAGCCUCCGCCGCCAAAGCGGAGCUGGACUCGGCGGCGGCGGCGGCAGCCGGGCGUGGAAAGUGGCGGCGGCGGCAACAUCCCCAGCAGUAGUGAAAGCAGCGGCGGGGCCAGCGAAGAAGAGGAAGAGGAGGACGACGAUGAUGAGGAAGAGGAGGAGGAGGACGAUGAGGAGGAAGACGACGAUGAUGAUGACGAUGACGACGAGGAAGAAGAAGAGGAGGAGGAGGAAGUGUCUGAGGUGGAGUCAUUCAUUUUGGAUCAGGAUGACCUGGAAAAUCCAAUGCUGGAGACAGCUUCAAAAUUGCUGCUGUCAAGUACUGCUGAUGGUGCUGAUCUAAGAACAGUAGACCCAGAAACCCAAGCUAGGUUAGAAGCUUUACUGGAAGCUGCAGGAAUAGGUAAAUUAUCCACAGCCGAUGGAAAAGCCUUUGCAGAUCCUGAGGUGCUUCGCAGAUUGACUUCUUCGGUCAGCUGUGCGUUGGAUGAAGCUGCUGCUGCACUCACCAGAAUGAGAGCUGAAAGUACAGCAAAUGCAGGGCAGAUGGACAACCGCAGUUUGGCAGAAGCUUGUUCAGAAGGCGAUGUAAAUGCUGUGCGAAAAUUGCUAAUUGAAGGGCGUAGUGUAAAUGAACACACUGAAGAAGGGGAAAGUCUACUUUGUUUAGCCUGCUCAGCUGGAUAUUAUGAACUUGCUCAGGUUCUCCUAGCAAUGCAUGCAAACGUUGAAGACAGAGGCAUCAAAGGAGACAUAACACCUUUAAUGGCUGCUGCUAAUGGAGGACAUGUCAAAAUUGUCAAGUUGCUGCUAGCUCAUGGUGCUGAUGUUAAUGCACAGUCUUCAACAGGCAACACAGCACUUACGUAUGCUUGUGCUGGAGGCUAUGUAGAUGUUGUGAAGGCCCUGUUGGAGUCGGGUGCUAGUAUUGAGGACCAUAAUGAAAAUGGCCAUACUCCUCUUAUGGAGGCAGGGAGUGCUGGGCAUGUGGAAGUUGCCAGAGUGCUGUUAGAAAAUGGAGCUGGAAUCAAUACGCAUUCUAAUGAAUUUAAGGAGAGUGCACUUACGCUGGCUUGCUAUAAAGGCCACUUAGAAAUGGUGAGAUUUUUGCUGGAAGCAGGAGCAGACCAGGAGCAUAAAACAGAUGAAAUGCAUACUGCAUUAAUGGAGGCAUGCAUGGAUGGACAUGUCGAAGUUGCUAGGUUACUCCUUGAUAGUGGUGCUCAGGUGAACAUGCCUGCUGAUUCCUUUGAAUCUCCAUUAACUUUGGCAGCCUGCGGUGGACAUGUAGAGUUGGCUGCCUUAUUAAUAGAGCGAGGGGCUAACCUGGAAGAGGUGAAUGAUGAAGGUUACACACCGUUGAUGGAAGCAGCCCGAGAAGGUCAUGAGGAGAUGGUAGCAUUACUCCUAGGUCAAGGAGCCAACAUCAAUGCCCAGACAGAAGAGACCCAAGAAACUGCCUUAACUUUAGCGUGUUGUGGAGGCUUUCUGGAAGUGGCUGAUUUUCUUAUCAAAGCAGGAGCUGAUAUAGAACUUGGCUGCUCUACACCUUUAAUGGAAGCUGCUCAAGAGGGUCACUUGGAGCUAGUUAAAUAUUUAUUAGCUGCAGGAGCUAAUGUGCAUGCAACAACAGCAACAGGAGACACAGCACUGACAUAUGCCUGCGAGAAUGGUCAUACAGAUGUAGCAGAUGUGUUGCUUCAAGCAGAUGCUGACCUGGAACAUGAAUCUGAAGGAGGAAGAACUCCAUUAAUGAAAGCUGCGAGAGCAGGUCAUGUCUGUACUGUUCAGUUCUUAAUUAGCAAAGGAGCAAAUGUGAAUAGGACCACAGCUAACAAUGAUCAUACAGUGUUGUCACUUGCUUGUGCUGGAGGCCACCUGGCAGUUGUGGAAUUGCUGUUAGCUCAUGGAGCUGAUCCUACACACAGACUGAAAGAUGGUUCAACCAUGCUAAUAGAAGCUGCUAAGGGUGGUCAUACCAGUGUGGUUUGUUACCUGUUGGACUACCCUAACAAUCUGCUUUCCGCUCCUCCCCCUGAGUCCACCCAGCUGACUCCUCCGUCUCAUGAUUUAAAUAGGGCUCCUCGUGUACCAGUGCAGGCACUUCCCAUGGUUGUCCCAGCCCAGGAGCCUGACAAACCCCCUGCCAAUGUUGCCACAACCCUUCCCGUCAGAAAUAAAGCCACUUCCAAACAAAAGUCCAGCAACCAUUUGCAACCAAACAGCCCAGAUGUACAAGGUUAUGUCGCCAAUCAGUCUCCAGAAAGUAUUGUUGAGGAGGCUCAGGGCAAGCUGACAGAGCUGGAACAGAGAAUAAAGGAGGCCAUAGAAAAGAAUGCACAGCUACAAUCCUUGGAAUUGGCGCAUGCUGACCAGCUCACCAAGGAGAAGAUUGAGGAGCUGAACAAAACCAGAGAGGAACAAAUUCAGAAGAAACAAAAGAUCUUAGAGGAGCUGCAGAAAGUGGAGCGGGAAUUGCAGCUGAAAACACAGCAGCAACUGAAAAAGCAAUACCUGGAGGUUAAAGCUCAGAGAAUUCAACUGCAGCAGCAGCAGCAGCAACAGUCUUGUCAGCACUUGGGACUACUAACUCCUGUUGGGGUAGGAGAGCAGCUCACUGAGGGAGACUAUGCACGAUUGCAACAGGUGGACCCGUACUUGCUCAAAGAUGAUCCCCAGCAAACUGCUGCCCAGAUGGGCUUUGCUCCAAUUCAGCCUCUUGCAAUGCCACAAGCGUUGCCUCUGUCUGCGGGUUCCUUACCUCCAGGGUCUAUUGCAAAUCUUACAGAACUCCAAGGUGUUAUAGUUGGACAGCCAGUACUUGGCCAAGCACAACUUACGGGGCUGGGGCAAGGAAUUCUAACAGACGCACAGCAGGGGUUAAUGGUAGCCAGCCCUGCCCAGACCCUCAAUGACACGUUGGAUGACAUCAUGGCAGCAGUGAGUGGAAGAGCAUCUGCAGUGUCAAACACCUCUACCCACAGCAUUGCAACGUCUGUCUCCCAACCUCAGACACCAGCUCCAAGCCCUAUCAUUUCUCCUUCAGCCAUGCUACCGGUCUACCCUGCCAUAGAUAUUGAUGCACAGACUGAAAGUAACCAUGACACAGCAUUGACUCUUGCAUGUGCUGGUGGACAUGAAGAACUGGUGCAGACACUCCUAGAGAGGGGAGCUAAUAUUGAACACAGGGACAAAAAAGGAUUCACUCCCCUUAUUUUGGCUGCUACAGCUGGUCAUGUCGGUGUUGUUGAGAUCUUAUUGGACAAUGGUGCAGAUAUUGAAGCGCAGUCUGAGAGAACCAAGGACACGCCAUUAUCGUUAGCUUGUUCUGGAGGAAGACAGGAGGUGGUGGAGCUUCUGCUAGCUCGAUGGGCCAAUAAAGAGCACAGAAAUGUUUCUGACUACACACCUCUCAGCUUAGCUGCUUCUGGUGGUUAUGUAAACAUAAUCAAAAUACUGCUGAAUGCUGGUGCAGAGAUCAAUUCAAGAACUGGUAGCAAGCUGGGAAUCUCUCCGUUAAUGUUGGCAGCCAUGAAUGGUCAUACUGCUGCUGUGAAGCUGCUCUUGGACAUGGGUUCUGAUAUUAAUGCACAGAUAGAGACCAAUAGGAAUACUGCCUUGACCCUGGCCUGUUUCCAAGGAAGAACGGAAGUGGUUAGCCUUCUCCUCGAUAGAAAAGCUAAUGUAGAGCAUAGAGCUAAGACCGGCCUGACGCCAUUAAUGGAAGCUGCCUCUGGUGGGUAUGCAGAAGUAGGCAGAGUCCUUCUAGACAAAGGUGCAGACGUAAAUGCUCCACCAGUCCCCUCUUCAAGAGACACAGCUCUAACCAUCGCAGCAGACAAAGGGCACUACAAGUUCUGUGAGCUGCUUAUUAGCAGAGGAGCUCACAUUGAUGUUCGAAACAAGAAAGGAAAUACUCCAUUAUGGCUUGCUGCAAAUGGUGGUCAUUUAGAUGUUGUCCAGUUGCUAGUACAAGCAGGAGCAGAUGUAGAUGCUGCAGAUAACAGAAAGAUAACCCCACUGAUGGCAGCCUUUCGAAAGGGUCAUGUGAAAGUUGUACGCUAUCUGGUAAAAGAAGUAAACCAGUUCCCAUCAGAUUCAGAAUGUAUGAGAUACAUAGCAACAGUUACUGACAAGGAAAUGUUGAAGAAGUGCCACCUCUGUAUAGAAUCCAUUGUUCAAGCCAAAGACAGGCAGGCUGCUGAAGCAAACAAGAAUGCAAGCAUUCUUUUAGAGGAGUUGGAUUUGGAGAAGCUACGGGAAGAAAGUAGAAGGCUGGCUUUAGCUGCUAAAAGAGAGAAAAGAAAGGAGAAGAGAAGAAAGAAAAAGGAAGAGCAAAGGAGGAAGCUGGAAGAAAUUGAGGCAAAAAACAAAGAGAAUUUUGAACUACAAGCUGCUCAAGAAAAGGAAAAGCUAAAAGCUGAAGAUGAGCCAGGGAUCCUAACAGAACCACCCAGUGCUACCACAAGAACCACCAUAGGUAUAUCUGCAACAUGGACAACUUUAGCAAGUUCCCAUGGCAAAAGAAACAAUACUGUCACUACGAGCACCUCUAAAAGGAAAAGCAGGAAAAGCAAAAUCGGCCAAGAUACUGUUCAGAUUAUCUUUGAUGAUCAGCUCCCAAUCUCCUAUUCCCAACCAGAGAAAAUAAAUGGUGAAUCCAAAAGCAGCAGUACCAGUGAAAGUGGUGAUAGCGACAACAUGAGGAUCUCCAGCUGUAGUGAUGAAAGCAGCAAUAGCAACAGCAGUCAUAAGAGUGACAACCAUUUUUCCACAACAGUCACUAGUGUUCAGAGCAAGAAGCAGCCGUCGGUGCUGGUCACUUUCCCAAAAGAAGAUCGAAAAGUAGUUUCUGGAAAAUCUUCAGUCAAAUUGUCAGAAGUUAUUGGUGAAGUAACUGGUAAUUCCUUAUCUACUUGCACAAAAUCUUGCCCAUCACCACUCUCUUCUCCGAAUGGAAAGUUAACCUUAGCUAGCCCUAAACGUGGUCAGAAGAGGGAAGAAGGGUGGAAGGAAGUGGUAAGAAGAUCAAAGAAGGUUUCUGUUCCAUCAACUGUUAUUUCCAGAGUUAUUGGAAGAGGUGGUUGUAACAUCAAUGCUAUCAGAGAGUUUACUGGAGCACACAUAGACAUUGAUAAGCAGAAAGACAAAACAGGGGACAGAAUCAUAACAAUAAGGGGAGGUACAGAAUCAACAAGACAAGCAACACAGCUCAUAAAUGCUCUGAUUAAGGAUCCAGACAAAGAAAUUGAUGAACUAAUUCCAAAGAACCGAUUGAAAAGCUCUGUGGCCUAUCCCAAAACAGGAACAUCAGCACAUGCCACCACUACAACUGCUCACGCUUCUGUAGCUGGGAACAAAGCAACCACUAUAGCAAUCUCAUUGUCAUCUCAAAUGGCCACAGCACUUUCUCUGCCUGCAAUUUCCUCAGCACCAAGUCAUAAAAUGGUCAAGAACCCAGUAAAUAACGUGCGGCCUGGAUUUCCAGUUUCUCUGCCAUUAGCAUAUCCUCCUCCCCAGUUUGCACAUGCUUUGCUUGCUGCUCAGACUUUCCAACAGAUCCGUCCACCGAGGUUACCCAUGACCCACUUUGGAGGAACUUUCCCACCAGCUCAGUCCACCUGGGGUCCUUUCCCUGUUAGGCCUCUGAGCCCUGCAAGAGCUGCUAACUCACCUAAGCCUCACACGGUGCCUCGCCAUAACAAUCAGAACAGCAGUGGUCCUCAGGUGAAUUCAGUGGGUUCUUCAACUUCCAGUCCAACAGCUACCACAAGUUCAGCCGUCACUACUGUGCCUGUUUCUUCUGCAAAUGGCAUUCCCAGCUCACCUUCAGUUCAAAGGCAACUGUUUGUCACCGUGGUUAAGACGUCCAGCACUACUACAACCACAAUUGCAACCACAGCAAGCAACAACAGCACAACGCCAACAAAUGCCACAUAUCCUUUUCCGACUGCCAAAGAGCACUAUCCUGUGUCGUCCACUUCCUCCCCUUCACCACCAGCCCAGCCAACAAGGGUUUCUAGAAGCAGUCCCUCAGAAUGUGUAACAAGUUCUCCAAGUAAAGGGGUGCCUUCCUCUGACCAGGAAGUAAGUAGUCCACCAAUAGCAGAAGGAGCAAACCUGACCAGCAACAGACAGUCAAAUAGUGGCUCUGCUGGAGUUCCCUCAGAGCAUCCUGCUCAGCCACAGUCACUUGGGGCUACCUCCCAAGAAGCAAGGGCACCUCUGCAGCAGCCUCAGGUUCCGUCACAAGAUCCUCGAAUGGUUGUGCCUCCAAACUUAGUAACAGUGAGUCAUGCCCCAGCAGUUGCUCCUGCUAAUGCUCCAGUAAACUAUAUUUUGCCUCAGGCAGCAGUGGGAUCCACUCAGCAACCUCCGCCAGCUAAAAUGGAAAACCCCACUAUCAGGCUACCUUCCCAUGGAGCAAACCCUGCACACAAGAAUUCAGCUCCUGUUCAGAAUUCUUCAGUUGCCGUCCUCAAUAUCAGCCACAUAAAAAGACCUCAUAGUGUUCCUUCUUCAGUGCAACUUCCUUCUACCUUAAGUACACAAAGUGCUUCUCAAAAUUCUGUCCAUCCGGCAAGCAAGUCCAUGGCUACAAAUUUUAGUGCUGCAUUACCGUUUGGGCCCUUCAGCACACUGUUUGAGAACAGUCCUGCCUCUGCUCAUGCCUUCUGGGGUGGAUCUGUCUUGUCAUCUCAGACAACACCAGAAUCCAUUCUGUCUGGAAAGUCUUCAUUUCUCCCAAACUCGGAUCCGUUGCAUCAGUUAGAUACUUCCAAAGCCCCAGGUUUUAGGCCCCCACUUCAAAGACCAGCUCCAAGUCCCUCAGGUAUUGUCAGUAUGGAUUCACCAUAUGGUUCUGUAACACCUCCUUCUACGCAUUUGGGUACCUUUGCCUCAAACCUUUCAAGCACUCAAGUAUAUGCACCAGGAGCAGCCCUUGGAGGAGCACCGGCAGCUGCUAAUUUUAACAGACAGCAUUUUUCUCCACUCAACCUAUUGCCUCCAUGUUCCUCUGCAUCAAAUGAGCCACCUGCUCAGCCAACAUCUGCUGGAGUUAGAGCACCCUCUCCAACCCCUUCAUCUGUUUCCCUUGGGUCAGAAAAGCCCAGCAACGUGUCUCAGGACAGAAAGGUCCCAGUCCCAAUUGGAACAGAGCGUUCUGCACGUAUCAGACAAACUGGAACUUCUACACCCUCUGUUAUAGGGAGCAACUUAGCCACUCCAGUCGGUCACAGUGGUAUAUGGUCUUUUGAAGGGAUAGGAGGAAAUCAAGGUGAUAAAGUAGAUUGGUGUCAUGGUGGAAUGGGAAACCAUAUGAUUCACAGGCCAAUGUCUGAUCCAGGUGUAUUCUCGCAACAUCAAGCAAUGGAGAGAGACAGCACAGGAAUCGUAACUCCUUCUGGCACAUUCCAUCAGCAUGUUCCUGCUGGAUACAUGGACUUCCCUAAAGUUGGGGGCAUGCCUUUCUCAGUGUAUGGGAAUGCAAUGAUUCCUCCUGUCGCACCCAUUGCAGAUGGUACCGGAGGGCCUAUAUUCAAUGGACCUCAUGCUGCUGACCCGUCUUGGAACUCACUUAUAAAGAUGGUUUCAAAUUCCACAGAGAAUAAUGGUCCUCAGACGGUAUGGACUGGAACGUGGACACCCCACAUGAAUAGCGUGCAUAUGAACCAGCUGGGCUGAGAGGCACCACACUGGAUGGCCUGGAGAUGGAGAUUUCCUUUUGGCUUAGAGGAGAAUGCAAAUGGCAGCACCAGUUUUCCUCGUCUCUCAGAUCAUUCUUCUGAAAUGUUGGACUGAUGUAGGCUUUUGCAGAAGAAUGUACUAACUGACCCUUUUCUGUGAACAUUGUGACUGCCCAUUCCCUACCAUCAUAUGGUUCCACUUAGCCUCUCUUAGUUUCAUUUUCUUUCCCCUUUGAUUAUGAUUAAUUUUGGGGACAUAACUUUCUGUUGAAGCUGUUCUUUGGCUGGUUGGUUUUUAGUACUGUAAGCUGCUUCUGGGCAUACAACAGAAAUUUAGCAAAAUUAUGUAAACUUGAUCCUGAAGUUUUAGAAUGGCAAAUAAAUGUACAAUUGUUUACAUAACAAAAAUGGCUACGCAGAAAGUAAAUUUUUUCAGUAUGUCAGGCUCUACUUAAUGUGACAGAUGUACCUACAUAUACAACAGUCUGGAUGUUUCCUUCAUACAUUAAACUAUUAAUAAGCAUAACUUUUUUCUAUUUGUGUAAUUUUAAAUACAGCAUAAAAUGGGCAUUAUUUGUGGGAUCCCCCUCAGUUUUAUAUUAUGGAAUUUGACAUCUAUUCAUUAUUGUUUACUUUUUAACAGAAAUAUGAUAAAAUAGUUCCCCUGCUCCUUUACAAACAUUGAGCAAUACAAAACACACACAGACACCUCAUCUCCACACAAUUUACUCACAUUCUAGGCUAAUUUUUUUCAAUAGCAUCAAAUAAACUUCGCUGUUCUUUCACGUGAUGUUGCAGCUCUGCAAAGAUCUUGCUGACUGAGCGUCUAACAAAGGUGGGUUAAUAAAUCCUGACAAAUUUUGUCUUACAGUGGGUUUGAGCAAAGUCCUCCAUUGCUUUCGUUUGUCAUACAUAGUUGUUGUCAUAUGUCCUUUUACAGUUAACUCCCCCUGAUGGGGCAGGUUCACAGUUUGAGGGUACUUCUUGAUCUAAUGCUGUCGUUCAAGGCCUCAGUGUCCCACACCACCUUUUAUUUACCAGCUUCAGUUGGUUCAUCAGUUACAGUAAUAGACUGGCCACAGUAAUCCUUGCUUUGAUAACUAUCAGGAUGGAUUGCUAUAAUACGUUGUGUGUGGGGCUGCUACUGAAAACUGCAGAAGCUUCAAUUAAUACAGAAUUUGACUGUUAGAAUUCUGGCUGGUUUAUCUAAAUGGGGUCACAUCAGUUGUGAAAGAACAAUAUAGCCUGCCUGUUUGUUACCAAGCCCAAGGUGCUGUUUGCUUACCUACAGAGCCGUAAACUGCUUGGAGCCCAAAUUUCAGGAGGAGCAUCUCCUCCCAUGUCAACUUGCCUGUAUAUUCAGACUGUCAAAGGAGGCCCCUCACUGUGUUCCAUCUUUAGGAGAAGUACACUAUUCUCCUGCAAGGAUGGUGCAAAUGGCACCAACUUAGUAUUCUUUCUGGCAGCAGGUUCAAACAAUUUUAUUUGCCCAGGCAUUUCAAAAUUGUAUAUUCAGCUGGUUGAAUCGUUUCACGCUCUAUUUUAAUGUUUUAUCUUUUAAUAUUGCACUGUGAAUUCUUACGCAUACUGCCCUAAUUUGGAUGACAGUGCAUUUUAUUAAUUCUUUAAAUAAUACAGUGAACAGGUUUGUAUUAACAACUUGUGUGGUAGCCCUAAGCAACCAGGAAUUCCAUGCAGGUGAGUGAGUGGGCUAGCAGAAGAGGGACAGCAUUCUGCCUGUCUGCUUGGUUUCUGUGCUAGCCAUGAAGGAAGUAAGGCCCCUUUCUUCACAACCAGCAUGGCAGCUAAGCAAGCUGACAGAGGAGGAAUAAUUGUUGUGCCUCUUUGCUGCCAGUCCACUUGAUGGAAGGGUGUGUUUUUUUGUUUUUGUUUUUAAUUUAGCCUACUAUGACUGCGUUUCUAUGCUGGCUGCAGAGGAGGGGCCUUUCCUUUGUCUGCAGCCAGCAUGGAAAUGAAGGCUAUUGGCUUCUUAGGCUAGUGAAAAACUCUGAAGGCUAGCAACUUUUGCAAACUGAGUGAACAUGUUCAGCAUCAUCUGCUGAUAGAACAUCACUAUCAGCAGUGUCCCAAAUUAAAGCACUAUUCAGAAGACAUUGGAGUAUUAUGCCAAUAAUUUACUCCCAAAUGAUACUGCUUCAUUGUGAAAUGAAACUGCUUAGUUGUAUUGAUUCGCAAGUUUCCAAUUCACGAUGAAUAAUAUGGCCAUCUUUGGUUAUUUGCAUCACCUUGAAAGCUGGAUGGAAUGAAAACAUCAGCAUUCUAAUUAGGAAAGAAGCUGUUUAGUUCUAGAGCAGAUUUUAGAAGUGCCUGCAUCAGCUGGUGACACCUAAUUAUCUUUACUGAAGACCCUACUUGUAACUGAUAUGUUUGUGAAUGUGUGAUGUGUAUUUUAAAAUUUAUAUACUUGCCUAUUAAUCAUGUUUAGUAUUGCAUGUUAGGAUACAAACAGUCCAUUGUCUCUUUCCUUUGCUAGUUUGAAAAAGUGAACAAAGUUUGUUUUAAUGUUACACUAGCACUCAAGUUAGCCCUAUCUCAUAUGGAGUUAGUAGCUCAAAAAAAGACUUGGUUGAAUGAAAAUCUCAGAUUACCUAGACCAGCUCAAUUUAUCUUCUCAGCUACAAAACUGCAGCAGUAAAAUGCUUUCAUAUGUAAAGCCAGCAAGAAAAAAUGUUUUUCCAAAGAACCCUGCAGCCUUCUGAAUGCAAAGUCAAAGAUGUUGAGAGGCUUGUGAAUAAAUACCAGUUCAUCUGUGUACAUGCCCUCUGUUGGUGCUCUUAAAAUAAAAAUAACCUUUCCAUUG